UAUUGUUGCAGAUAUACAACAAAGGAGGUUAUGUAGUAGUAUAUAGUAGUAAUAGUAGUAGUUGUAUUAAAAAAAAAAUCCACCUCAGAGGCUCAAAGGUCACAAGAAGAAGAAGAGGAGGGCUUGUUUACCUUCUUCAGGCCGCACAAAUUUCCUUAUUUUCACCUUUUUUCACACGAUGGCGGAUUCUUCAGGCGGUAAAGGAGACCAAGACCACCUCAACCCCAUGCCGGAGGGAAGGGUGAAGGAGGCGCUGCUCAGGCUGUCCACCGAGGCGCAGGAGUUAUACCUAAACAGCCGCGUCCCCGUGCUGGCUGCUGCUCCCUUGCCACUCCCCUUCUUCCGUGAGUGGGUGGCCGCCAACAAGCCCGUGGUGGUGCAGGGCGUGACGAAGCGCUGGCCGGCCCUCACCAGGUGGACACACGACUAUCUCAGGGACAGACUCGGCCACAAGGAGGUCUCGGUAGCCGUCACCCCCAAUGGUUACGCCGAUGCGCCAUGUGAUGGAUUCUUUGUCAUGCCCGAAGAGCGCACGAUGAAGUUCGGACAGUUCCUCGACAUUAUGGAAAAUCCCGAAAGCCAGCCUGGGGUUUUCUACAUCCAGAAGCAAAACUCAAACUUCACAGAGGAGUUUUCUGAGAUCCUCGGUGAUGCUGCGACAGAGGUUCCCUGGUUCUCGGAGGCGCUCGGCAAGACGCCCGACGCUGUGAACUUCUGGAUGGGCGACGGCCGGGCGGUGACUUCAAUGCACAAGGACCACUACGAGAACAUCUACUGCGUCAUCUCCGGGUACAAAGACUUCAUCCUUCUCCCGCCCUCUGACGCUCCCUGGGUCCCCUACCGCCUCUACCCACCAGCCGCCUACCGCGAGACACACCCGGGAACCUUCACCAUCGAGCCAACCCACGGCGAGGAGGUGCCCUGGGUUUGCAUCGACCCCGUGACCCCUGACCUAGCGACCUACCCCCAGUAUGGUCAUGCGUCACCGGUGCACUGUAGGGUCCAUGCUGGGGAGGCGCUGUACCUGCCGUCGCUUUGGUACCAUCACGUGCGGCAGUCCCAUGGUUGCCUAGCGGUGAAUUUCUGGUACGAUAUGGAGUAUGACGUGAAGUAUAAUUACCAUAAGCUCCUGCAGUCCCUGUCGUGGGUGAGGGAACCUGGGGCUGAGUGUACAGAGGCUUAACCCGGUAGCAGCGGGGAUCAUGUUUCUUAAUGGUCUCUCUAAGCGAGAAAAAUGAGAAAAAAAUCAUCACUCACACAAACCAUUUCAUAAUAUAUAUCAAAGCAUUUGUGAUCAGUUUAUGUAUCAUCUAUUUUGGGGGGUUAAAUCAUGGCACAAAUUUGGCCCAUCACUGCUACACGGUAAAGCCACAAAUUUGGCCCGUCGCUGCUACACGGUAAAGCCACAAAUUUGGCCCGUGCUGCUACAUGGUAAAGCCACAAAUUUGGCCCGUCUCUGCUACACGGUAAAGCCACAAAUUUGGCCCGUCUCUGCUACACGGUAAAGCCACAAAUUUGGCCCGUCUCUGCUACACGGUAAAGCCACAAAUUUGGCCCGUCUCUGCUACACAGUAAAGCCACAAAUUUGGCCCGUCGCUGUUACUGGGUUAAAGGGCCCUCACACCAACACUGGUCACUUGUUUUCGCUAUGGUAUGGAAAACGUCAUGAAAUGCAACACCCAGAAGCUCCUGCAGUUGCUGUCGUGGGUGAGGGAACCUGGGGGCGAGUGUACUGAGGCUUAAAGGGCCGUCACACCGACACUGGUCCCCUACAAUACCAUAAGCUCCUGCAGCUGUUGUCAUGAGUGAGAACCUCUGGGUGAUUACACAAAGGCUAAAGGGCCCUCACACCGACAAUGGUCCCUUAGGCUCGCUUCACAUUGGGCACUGGGCAUUGGAGAAGCUGAGGCAAUGGACAGAUAUAGCUAGAAGUGCAUCAUCGACCAUCUAACCUCAUGAGAGAUUAUGGAAAAACCUGAUGAUGAUGAUGAUGGUGUUUUUUCCCACGUGUUAGAGUGUCAAGAAGGCACGUCUUCACAAGUAUAACAGUGUGUGUGGCAGUGUGCUGCUCAGUGCUGGAACAAUGCUUAGGUUAGAUCUGGAUGUUGUGAGCUGACUGAACUUUUUGAGAAAUGUGCUGAGGUGCUCGGGGCUGUGGCGACUUCUCACGUAAUUUCCCCUAGUCACUCUGAACUCUGUUAAGUGUAAAAUAAUAUUGUUACGCCAGGGGUGUUAUUGUGUGUGUGUGUGUGUGUGUAUGUGGGGGGACGCAGUAUUGUGAGCGAAGGGUUGAGGGGCGAGGGCAGCGCAGGUGUGUGUUGCGGAGGGGAGAGAGACUCCACGGAAGACAGAGUGGCUAGAGCAGUGGUUCUCAACUCUUUUCAGGUCACGGACCACCAACCCAAUAAAAGACAUGUCGUGGACCAUGAUUUUAGUUUGAAAUAUAUUUCUUCAAAACAAUUUCAAGAAAUUAUAUAAAAUAAUGGCCAAAUAACAUUUUAAUCUGAAAUAUAUUUCUUACAAACAUAAUUUCCUGGAAAUUUAUGCAUUUGUAUCUAUCAUUUUGACGUGAAAUUUAUUUAUAAUAAGCAGGAUUUUGAAAUUAUGGAGGAAUAUACAAGUAAUCAAUACUAUCCUUCCAAAUUUGAUGAAUUAUUUUCCUUGCAAGCAGACUUUUGGAUUCUCUUCUCACUGCCAAGCUUGUCAGCGUUGGGACACAGGACGAAUAAUACAGCCAAUCAGCUCAGCAGCUUGGUGACUACUAGCUGCAGCACUUUGCGACAGUGUGACGUGUAGCCGCGCGGCAGCUGAAAGGAAUCAGCGAGAUGGCUCGUUACUUCUACUCGUACAGGAAGUCAUGGAUAUUCGUUUUAUAAUAGAUUAAAUUUAGAAACUGAAAGUGACUCGAAGUGCUACUUAGCAGUUAGCAGCUACAACUUAAAGGUUGCCAAUACAUUUCUUAAAUAAUAAUUUAAUAAAAUGAAUGGUCAAUUAUUUAUCUUGAUUAAAUCAUUCGCACUGAACUUUCAAUAUAAUUUGAAAUUUAGUACAUCCAUUUUCCAGUUUAUUACCAAAUACAGUGGACAUCCUGUGGACCACUCAAAAGUCACCAUCGACCACCAGUUGAGAACCACUGGGCUAGAGGGAGACACGUGCUCGUUGUGUGCUCGUAUUGCCUGCCUGUGCCGUGCCCCUUGCGCUUGGAUAACUGUACUGUGCCCAGUGGACUAGUGUAUGGUGGUUGGAGCCUGCUAUUAAAGCGAGGAACCCUG